AUGAGCCGUGCCCGAGGUCCGUCCAGCCUUCUCGGCCUUCCCUGGGCGCCGGGCGCCCCCGGGCCACCGGCGGUGCUGCCGAAGGCGCAGAUGAUUUCCCGCGCCACCAAUGCUGCCCAUUCGUCCCGGCGGCUGCCGAGCCGCUGGUCGGUGCGCAAUCAACCUCCGCUUCCGCCCUGUCGCGCUUCCGGCCAUCCCUGCCUGCGCCCUCGCUGUGGCACGGCCGCCGCUGCCCCGAGACGUCUUCGUUCCGAUCGCCGGCUGCGCCAGCGGCACCGGGAGCGUCAGAUCGCGCCCGCCACGGCCUCGCGCAUCCCGCGCUCGACGAUCUGCGACCAGGCGAACAUCAUGAUCGCGAGAGACCGCACCUCCGCCCGGCAGCUCCGGGUCCGAGUCCAUGAAGAGCGCAGCGCGUCUGCCGUCGAUUGGCGCCGGUGGUUUCGCCGCGAGCAAACUUCGACAAUCAGGUCAGCUCGCAGCUUUCUCGGGUCGCCUUCCUGUGCCUAUAUUCGAACGCCGCCUGCGCAGCUUCGGCACAGCCUCCCCCAGCUUCCCCGCAGCACUGGAACCACCCAACAGUACUGUUGCCACUUACUGUACUGUACUGUACUGUACACUUACUGUACUGUACAGUAUGUUGCCACUUUCUUUGAUUUUCAGGCUUUCGCCCUCCGCAUGUCGCCUCUAACUACUGGCACAACGGGCCGACGGCUGCCUUUUUCUCUUUUUCCAAAGGUUUUUCCAGGCUUUUCUCUUUUUCCACAUGUUUUUCCGGGCUUUUUCUCUUUUUUCCCAGGUUUUUCCAGGCCUUUUCUCUUUUUGACAUGGUUUGUCGGGUGUCUGGGCAUUGAGAGGGGCACCAGCAUGGCGAGGCCCCCGAGCAACGCGCCGCCGGCGGACGCGGCGCAGCGACGGCGCGCCCCCCCUGUCGCCGUCUACGCCGAUCACCUGCCCCCAUUCGACUCAGCCUUCUACGACCAUGCGCGGCGGGACACGACACUGCUGGCCGAGAUCCACGUCCCGCCCCGGGACGCCACCGCCUUCCACGUCCCCAUGGGCCACUUCUUCCGCAUCGUCUGCACGCAGGGGCCCCAGGUGGGCGACCUCAACCUGUGGAAUGCGGCCGACCUGUCGGAGCGGUUCUACAGCGGCAAGACGCGCGCGCUGCACGCCACCCACGUGACCGCCGGCGACCGCCUGUGGAGCAGCCUGCCCGCCCUGCGGCCUAUGGCUACCAUCACCCGCGACUCCCUGGACUGGUACGGCUGGGACGACGACGGCGCCGGCGUGCACGAUGUCGUGGGCACGCGCUGCGACCCCUACACCAAGUUCCUGCUCGACGGCGUGGAUUACCACCGGUGCUGCCAUUCCAAUCUCACCCGUGCGCUCGCCAAGCACCUGGGCAUCCCAGCCGCCCAGGCCGAGCCCCGCAUCCACGACGUGCUGAACGUGUUCAUGUGCACCGGCUUCAGCCGGGACGCCCACCGGUACUUCAUGAAGGCCAGCCCCGCGCGCGCUGGCGACUUCAUCGAAUUCUUCGCGGAGAUCGACCUGAUCGCCGCGCUGUCGGCGUGCGCGGGGGGCGACUGCGGCGCGGGACACUCCGACGACGGCGCGCGGUGCUACCCGCUCCGGGUGGAGGUCCACCAGCCGCGGGAAGGCGCGCUGGAUGGCUGGCGGCCGCCCCCGCUCAACGGCUACGGCGGGGGUCACGGCGCGACAUGA